GGAACUAACGCUGUAGCCUGCUUGCCAGUAUUUUGUCGACGACGACAACCCCCAUCUGCUUUGGCACUUUCUUUUUGUGUUUUACUGAUUUGAAGCUAUCUUGCGUUUCGCCGGCGAACCUCGUGACACCUCCGCCCCAGCCAUCUCAAUCCGCGCGUGCUCCCCGACCGGGCCGGCAACCAUGUCGUUCGACCAGCUAUCAUCACUCGAGUCGCAGCAGCGACGGGGGAACCGGGGAUAUGUGGACGACCCGGAGUUCCAGAAGCUGUCGCAGGACCUCAUGAACAAGCUGUUCAAGGUCAACGGCAACAUCUCGCGGCUGGGCACCGAGAUCAGCCACCUGUGCACGAGGCGGGACACGCCGCGGGUCCGGGAAAGGGUGCACGACCUGCUGGAGGAGUCGAGGAAAAUGUUCAAGGAAUUGGGCGAGGGCGUCAAGAAGAUACAGUCUUGGGAAGACGUCACGCCCAAUCAAAAAUACACCCAGCAGAAGCUCUCGCGCGAAGUCCAGACCUCCCUCUCCGAAUUUCAAAACCUGCAGCGCCAAGCGCUCGACAAACAGCGCGCCUCGGUCAGCGCCGCGCGCGCCGUGAACGACGAGGACGGCGCCCUCAGCGGCACCCACCCAUUGGGCGGCGGCGGCGGCGGCGGCGAGGGGGCGCACCUGGAGCAGCUCCAGCAGCAGGAGCUGUCGCGGCUGGCGCCGCAGGAUGAGGUUGAUUUCCAGGAGGCGCUCAUCAUCGAGCGCGAGGAGGAGAUCCGCAACAUCGAGCAGGGCGUCAACGACCUCAACGUACUCUUCACCCAGGUCGCCCAGAUCGUGUCGGAGCAAGGCGAGCAGAUCGAGAGCAUCGUCGACAACGUCGAGAACGUCCGCACCGAUACCCGCGGCGCCGACUAUGAGCUCCGCAGCGCCGCUAGAUACCAGAAGAACGCCCGCAGCAAGGCCUGCUGUCUGCUGCUCAUCCUGGCCGUCAUCUUCACCAUUGUUCUGCUGGCCAUCUUCCUAGGCUAAGCGGGAGGUGUGUCAGGGGGUAGAGCGGCGGGCCUGUGCGUGACACUUUGUCACAGGCGGUAUACAGGGAAACGGGGAGGGUGCGUCCAACGGCAGCAUACACCGUGUUCGCAUUCCUAUGUAAAUUCAACAUCACUGGCGUUCAGGAGUUUGGCCCGGGCGCGCUAGACGCCGGGUCCGGGUGGGCUUUUCAGGGUAUCUAUCAAUCUCCUUUGUCUAUCGUCUGCAUCUUUAGUCUCUUGUUCACAGAUAGUAAUACUGGUCGGUUCAAUGUUUGUCUGCUGUCCGAUGUCGCCGGUGGGUCCCAAGACAACAACUCGAAGAUGAGAGAGCAACCUAGAAGGCCAGACUAUCCUUUGAGAUGUUGUUUUGUUUGCGUUGGCCAUGAA